UAGUUGCUGUCAAACUCAGCGACUAGACAGGCUCGGGAAAACGACGGAUGCUUCGGUCGCCGCCCUGCAUCGCCCUGAGCAACUGUGUGUCAACGACGAAAGAAGGCAUUCUGCAAUAUGGCGUUCAGGGAAGCCAUCAAAAGGACAGCUAUUAUAGGCGGCGGGGCCGUUGCCACCGUUCUUGGUCUGUCACAGUUCAUAGAGUAUCGGAAGAAGCAGAAUGGAUUGGCUCGGUUAGCUCACGUGGCGGCAGAAGCAGAGCUGAGGGUUCCCUUUGCAGACGAGCUUCCCUCAAGACAGGCCCAGCUUGCCACACUCAAAAGCAAAGAAUUUGAUAUCCUGGUAAUUGGAGGCGGAGCCACAGGUGUAGGCUGUGCCUUAGACGCUGUCACACGCAAUCUUAACACUGCUCUCGUCGAGAGGAACGACUUCUCUUCCGGGACGAGCAGCCGUAGCACCAAACUCAUUCACGGUGGAGUUCGCUACCUCCAGAAGGCUAUUAUGAAACUGGACUAUGAGCAGUACAUGAUGGUGAAAGAAGCCCUCCACGAGCGAGCCAAUCUCCUCGAGGUUGCACCUCACCUGUCAGCGCCACUCCCCAUCAUGCUGCCUGUUUACAAAUGGUGGCAGCUUCCGUAUUACUGGGCAGGCAUUAAGAUGUACGACCUGGUGGCUGGCAUCCAGUGUUUAAAAAGCAGUUACGUUCUCAGUAAGACCAAAGCCCUGGAGUUCUUUCCCAUGCUAAAGAAGGACAAGCUGGUGGGAGCCAUUGUUUAUUAUGAUGGGCAACACAAUGAUGCCCGUAUGAACCUAGCCAUCGGUCUCACGGCUGCCCGCUACGGUGCUGCCAUGGCCAACUACACUGAGGUGGUUCACCUUCUGAAGAAAAAGGACCCGCUGACUGGCAGUGACAAGGUUUGCGGAGCACAUUGCCGGGACGUGCUCACAGGAGAGGAAUUCAAUAUCAAAGCCAAAUGUGUAAUCAAUGCCACCGGGCCCUUCACGGACUCAGUGAGGAAGAUGGAUUGCCAGGAAACCCAAAACAUCUGCCAGCCCAGCGCCGGCGUGCACAUCGUCAUCCCCGGCUACUACAGCCCUGACAACAUGGGACUGUUGGAUCCCGCCACAAGUGAUGGCCGGGUCAUCUUCUUCCUGCCUUGGGAGAAGAUGACCAUUGCUGGAACCACAGACACUCCCACCAAUGUGACAGCUCACCCCAUCCCUGGGGAGGACGACAUCAACUUCAUCCUGAGGGAGGUCCGCAACUAUCUCAGCCCCGACGUGGAAGUGAGACGAGGUGACGUCUUGGCAGCAUGGAGUGGAAUCCGUCCCCUGGUGACGGACCCCAACUCCAAAGACACUCAGUCCAUCUGCCGUAACCACAUUGUCAGCAUCAGUGACAGCGGACUGGUCACCAUUGCAGGUGGCAAGUGGACCACCUAUAGAUCCAUGGCUGAAGAGACUCUGGACGCCGCCAUUAAAACACAUGGCCUCCCAGCUGAGAAAUGCAAGACUGUGGGCCUGAUGUUAGAGGGUUCCAAGGGCUGGACGCCAACACUUUACAUCCGUCUGGUGCAAGACUACGGCUUGGAGCAGGAAGUGGCACAGCAUUUGGCCUCUACGUAUGGAGGGAAGGCAUAUGACGUGGCCAAGAUGGCGCUGGUCACAGGGCAAAGGUGGCCGAUAGUUGGGAAAAGGCUGGUGUCGGAGUUUCCAUACAUUGAGGCUGAGGUGCUGUAUGCUAUGAAGGAGUACGCCUGCACCGCCAUUGACCUCAUUGCCCGGCGAACGCGCUUGGGCUUCCUGAAUGUGCAGGCAGCCGACGAAGCCCUCCCACGCAUUGUGCAGAUCAUGGCCAAGGAGUUGGGCUGGAGCCAGGAGCGCAAAACGGCCGAGCUGGAAGCAGCCAAGAAGUUCUUGUACCAUGAGAUGGGCUACAGAUCUCGCUCCGAGCAGUUGACCAAGACCUCGGAAAUGACCCUGGACAACCAGGAAGUAGCCAGAUACAAGAAGCGCUUUCAUAAGUUUGACAAAGAGCGCAAAGGUUUCAUCACCACAGUUGAUGUCCAGCAAGUCCUUGAUAGUAUCAAUGUGCACAUUGAUGAGAACGCCCUGCAUGAAAUUCUUAACGAGGUGGACGUCAACAAGAAUGGACAGAUUGAAAUCGAUGAAUUCCUUCAGAGACUGCAAACAGUUGAUGAGUGCCGUCAAGAAGGGCCAAGUGUCCGACAGUCGCUUGGCUAUCUUGAUGAAGUCAGCCGAAGAAACGCUUGAUAUGAGGGGCCCGGUGACGGUGGACCGAAGCGGAGGAGGAGUCUGAGCCCAGCCUUGCACCAAGGUUUCCUGUCACAGACCUCAUUUGAAUGACAAUGCAAUCAGGGAGGCGACGGCGGGUAUUUGGCCAAAUCAACAGCAAAUAGGUGCCGCUCCUGACUGUGUUUUGGGCUGAAAUACAAUCCAAUGAUUGAGGUUUGUUUUCCUGAGCCGCCUGUUUGUCUGCGUGUUGAUUGGCUCUCAGCAUCAGGAGCCUCCAAUUUUCCACGGUGCGCAAUGUGACUAUUUAUAGAAACGUUUUUUUUCAUCAAAUAUUUGAUAUUUCUACCUACAUAUCUAUUGAACACUCCUUUUUUUAAACUCAACACUGAUUGUUGCAUAAGCUCUUCUCAUCUUAUCGGAAUGGAAUCUCGUGCUUUAUUCUAGCGUCCCACAAUGUUUUUUUUUUUUUUUUUAAUUCGACUGCAACAUUUGAUUUGAUGCUAAUCACAAGAAAACUAUAGGCAAAGACGCUGAUUACAAGAAACUAUUAGCAUACGCUCUGAAAAUUG